AUGAGUUAUCUCAUGCCAUCCUCCAAUUUAAUGGGAGAAAUUCAAAAAUAUUUUUUAUUUUCAGACUGCAAGAAGUCGUCCAGCUCUUUAAAACUGGCUGAUAUGCUUUAUGACUUUGACGAUCAUAAUUUGUUCAUCACACCAAAGAUUGCCUAUUUUCCAACUGCAAUGGGAGGCGCAUCAAGACACAUGAUGGUCAACGGAAGUAGUCACAGAAUCGCCGUGAAAAUCAAGUGCAGCGAUAACGAGUUGUUCCGCGUUUCACCAGUCUACACUCUUCUCGAACCGGGAAAUGCGCAACGAUUACAGAUUGUUCGUGAUCCAGGUCCGCCAAAAACAGAUAAGAUUGUGGUGAUCUACAAGACGACGUGUGCAAGCAGUGCGAGAGAUGCGUUUGAGUGUGAUUUGGGUGCCGAACGAAAAGUAAUCGCUCUCAUUGCAAAGGAAGACGUGACCAUGUCAAUUGCCCCAACCACUAAUUUGAAAUCGAUUCUGCGACAGAGCGUUCAAAAAAGUUGA